CUGGAAAAAUCGCACGACGAACACAGAAAUGGAGGAAGAAGAGGAAGACCCGCCUCUCGCCGUCGAGAUCAACGAAACCCUAGACCAUAAAUCGUUCAAUCAGUCUCUCCAAGAGCAUGAAAACGUAGAAGAAUUUCCACCGGUCGGCGUGACUGUCAUCACCGGCUAUCUCGGAGCUGGCAAAUCCACUCUGGUUAAUAAUAUAUUGAAUGGACAACAUGGAAAGAGGAUAGCUGUUAUAUUGAAUGAGUUUGGGGAGGAAAUUGGAGUUGAAAGAGCAAUGAUCAAUGAAGGUGAAGGAGGUGCACUUGUCGAAGAAUGGGUUGAGCUUGCAAAUGGCUGCAUUUGCUGCACUGUGAAACACAGCUUGGUUCAAGCAUUGGAACAACUUGUUGACAGGAAGGAAAGAUUGGAUCAUAUAUUACUAGAGACCACAGGGCUGGCAAACCCUGCUCCUCUUGCGUCUGUUCUUUGGCUGGAUGAUCAAUUAGAAUCAGCAGUCAAGCUUGACUCCAUUAUCACUGUUGUAGAUGCCAAAAAUCUUCGUUUUCAGCUCAAGAAGCAUGAAGACUCGUCCACGUUUCCUGAAGCCUUCUUACAGAUAGCAUUCGCAGAUGUUGUAAUUCUUAACAAGAUUGAUCUGGUUUCUCCAGAUGCUCUAGAGGAACUCGAGAAGGAGUUGCAUAAUAUUAAUUCACUUGCUAAUAUCGUUCAUUCUGUGAUGUGUCAAGUAGAUAUGUCCAUAGUAUUAAAUUGCAGUGCGUAUGAUGCUUCGCAUGCCGCUCACCUGGAACAGUUACUAGAAGAAAACAAGUCACUAACUACUACGGAUCUUCAUGAUAGUGGUGUGAGGACUAUGUGUGUUUGUUAUACACAGCCGGUUGAUCUUGAUAAGGUGCGUAUAUGGCUUGAGGAGCUCCUUUGGGAUAAGAAAUAUGAUAUGGAUGUGUACCGCUGCAAAGGUGUUCUAAGUGUCUUAAAUUCUGAUGAACUACAUACAGUACAGGCUGUGAGGGAGAUCUACGAAAUAGUUCCUGCUCGAAAAUGGAAAAAGGGUGAAAAGCAAACGAAUAAAAUCGUGUUCAUAGGCCGGUCGCUAAACGAGGAUAUUCUUCUCGAUUCGCUCAGAGCUUGUGCCUCAACGUCGACAACGUGCUAAGUGUUGAACACGAAUUUAAUCUGUAGCUUCAUGUUCCAUAUGUAACAUUCUUUUUUUCCCCUGAAAUUUUACUAUUUUAGAACUAUUGUAUGCAAUAAGAAGGAAGUCUUUGAAUGGAAAUCCAUUUUUGCCAUUUUUAUGGUGC